AUGGACGAUAAAAUUAAAUCCACCGUACCAAAUACCAGCUCAUCUGAGAUUAAAGAUGAUUUGCAGGCCCAACAGGUUACACGAAUGGAAGGCCAUGUAAAUGUGACUGAAGAAAAAAAGCUUGUUAGCGCUGGGGUUAAACAAACGGCGGUUAAGGAGGCGGAUAUACGAGCCUUCAUUGAACCGGCCUGUUGCAUUUUUCCGAUUGGAAUGAUAACAAACAGAUGGAGAGCGAGCAAAAUUUAUGAAGUUAGAUUACAAUCAGAUAACAAUAGAGAACGUAUUUUAUACCUGAUUGACAAAAAAGACCUUGAUUUAUUUAAAGAAAUGGUUAAAUGGAGAAGAGAGAAUAACUCAAAAACAAUGGAAAAUGCAAUUGAUGAAUUUGGUGACAGAUACGAUAGCAAUAACAAUAGACCAACAUUUGACGAUGUUCUUACUUGGAUUCGAGAUUCCCUUUUAGGUGACAAAAACGAUAGCAAUAACAAUAGACCAAAAGUUGGCGAUGCUCUUGCUCGGAUUUUAUAUAAUGAUAAAUUUCCAGAUUUCAUCUUCAAAUUUGAGCCUAAAGGGUUUACAAAAUCUACAGAUGAUGCGAGUAUAGAAAUAAGUGAAGAAUUUAAGUCUUCAGAUCAGGCGCGUCGAAAAUUCGAGUUACUUCUCUUGUUAUCAGGUUUAUUUGUUGAGCGUGAGAUUACUAGAGAUGUUACAUACGUUAAAAUAUGGACUCCUUUUAAGAAACUCUGUGAAGCUGCGGAAGAAAUACGUAUUAAAAAGGAACUUGUUCAAAGAGCAAUACCAAAUGAGAACGAUGACAACAAUAAAACCAAGGAAAACCAUGAAGAUAGCAACAAUAAAACCAACAAAAAAUUAAUUGACAACAUUUACGAAUUUUUAUAUCAAAAAAUAACACCAUAUUUUGUUUAUAAAAUAAAUCUUGACAAAAGAUUAUCUUUCUUUCGUGCAGAUCAAUUUGAUAAAUAUAAAGACGUAUAUGAAUACAAGAAAUACAGCGAUAUUGUAUUACAUUUUUGGAACAGUUCAACCCGCAAUUUAUUGACAUAUUAUUUCAUAACCGAUGCAAAUAGAAUUAUGCCUGAAGGAAUACCAGAAGCCUUACGUCUAAGAUCCUGGGGAUUUGAUAGUUUAAUGGAAAAAAACGUAUAUGAUGCUUUUUAUCCUCUGCAUGAUGGGGAAAUAAUACAGGAUCAAGUAUUCAGAGAUCCAAAUAAUAAAAAGGAGAAUCUAAGAGCAAAACUUUUCAAUAAUUGGAUUAAAAGUUUAAAAAGACAACCCCUAAGUGAAAUCAGAGAAUAUUUUGGUGAAAAACUAGCAAUGUAUUUUGCAUGGCUUGGUUUAUAUACCUCAUGGUUAUUUGUAGCUUCUAUUUUUGGAAUCAUUACCAUUAUCUAUGGUAUUAUAGAUUUCGAAACGACCCCAGAUAAUGUUAGCAAUGGUGUUCCAAGAGUUACUAAACUUUGGGAUAAUGCAUUUACUGUUGUAUUCGCUUUCUUCAUGUCGAUUUGGGCAACUUGUUUUUUGGAAUCAUGGAAACGUUAUAAUGCUGCUCUCGCUCAUGAUUGGGGUGUCACCUGUUUUAAGAAAAAUGAACAAUCUCGUCCUGGUUUUCGUGGAACAGUCAGUAUACAGUCUAAAGUAACAAAUAAGAAAGAACUUGUAUUUCCGCCCCGUAAAAGAUUUCUAUAUUGUUUCGCUUCGAUAAUACUCAUUAUUGUAUCGAUACUUAUUGUUAUCGCGACAACUGAAACCCUUUUAUUGCUUUCGAAAAAGUUGUUUGGAAAAUUUGGCGCUUUGGGUAGCUUUAUCUCGAGUAUUAUCAAUUUAGGUGUAGUCCUUAUCUUAAGUCCGACUUACAAGAGACUAGCUAUAAAACUUACUGAGUUAGAGAACCCUAGAACCGCGACAAGAUUUGAAGAUUCUCACAUUUUGAAAGUUUACCUUUUCGAUUUCGUCAUCUUUUAUGGUGCACUAUUUUACAUUUUAAUAGUCAAACAAAAGUUUGCCGGUAAAAUUCUUCGCAUAUCUGAUUAUGAAGGAUGUGAAUAUAAUAGUUGCAUGGUAGAGCUUAAUAUACAACUCGCCGUUAUUCUUAUUGGCAAGCAAACUGUAGGUCAAAUAGAAGACCUUGCAUUACCACUGUUUAAAAAGAAAUUUGAUUCGUUUAUGAACCCUUGGAAAAAGAAGUUUAAUUCGUUUAUAAACUCUUGGAAAAAGAAAAAAUCUUCUCAAAAAGAACUCAAUGAAGAAACCAAAAAAGUACAGAAUGAAGAAAUAGAAGUUGUGGAAGUUUCAUCUUCCAAAGAUGAACCAAAUGAAUCAUAUCCCUGGAUUCUAGAUGACCAGUUGUUGCCAACUGAUAAAGAUGAUCUUAGAGAGGAUUAUGAGCAAAUGGCUAUUCAAUUUGGUUUUAUUGCGCUUUUUGCUGCUGCUUUUCCUUUAGCACCAUUAUGUGCUUGGUUUCAUAAUAUCAUUGAGAUUCACACGGAUGGUUAUAAGUAUCUUAAGCUUAAAAGGCGAACAAUCAGCUCACUUGCACAAUCUAUUGGAAUGUGGGAUAAUAUUAUUUACAUGAUUUCGAUCUUUGCUGUGCUCACUAAUGCUUCAAUUUUAGCAUUUCAUUCAAAUUAUAUGCAAAGUGUAUUUAAAAAGUAUGUUGGAAAUGAUGAUUCGUCUUUACUUAAUGUUCGUCUUGGCUUUAUUUUAAUAUUUGAGAACAUUGUUUUCCUCGUCAAGUUUUUACUUUCAUAUCUUAUACCCGUUGCGCCAACCGCUGUUAAAUUAGCUAGAAAACGCUGCGAAUAUUUGGAAAGAGUUGCUAUUGCAAAGACUGAUAUUGCAAAGAGAGCUCUCGCCGUCAAUGAAUAUAAAGAAGGUGAAGAGAAUGAAAUGUUAGAAAAAGCUAAAAACACAAAAUUUAUAUACCAGGUCGAAAAUGUAAAAUUAGUUCAAUAA